GUCGUUUGCUCUUUCCAAGAUGGCGACCGGAAGGAGUAUGCCUGUCAUUUUGAAAAAGUUCAGUCAGAGUCUCAAUCCAGGAGAACUUAAGGAAGUCCAGGUCUCAGAGAAAUUUCGUGUGCUGGUAGCUCUGGGUGAUGACUCCACGUUGAGGCUGUGGAACGUUAAGAAUGAUGCAAACUUUACCCUCGUAGAUGUGAUACAAUUUAAGUGGAGUUCUUGUAGUGACUGCCAGAAUAAAGAAAAUUCAGAGGAGGACUGUUUUGUUGUAUUGAAGAUUGAUGGCAGUAUAGAGUUACAUACUAUUUCCAAUGCAUUUGAAGGUUUCUCAAGCACCUGCAAUGCUGUUGUAACCAAAGAGCUAUUGAAGGGGUUACUAAACGAUAGAGGCAAAGAAUGGCAUAGUGGUGAAGUAAAUCUUAUUUCACUAAACAGAAGUUCUGAGCCCUCCAAACAUGAAGUCAUUAUUUUGGUGGAUACAAUGUUGACUAUACUCUCUAUGGGCCAAAACUCAAUAGCAGAUAUGUUGGUUUGCUUUGAGGUGACAAAUUCAGCCAUGAACAAGGAGAAUGAACACUCAGGUCCAAUAACAGCAGUCAGGAGGUUUCAUAAGUUUAUAUUUACAUUGGUGUCAAGUGGUGUUGUGUUCAUACACAAGAUGGCUGAUUUUGUAGGUUCAAUCAAUAUGUGGCAAUCAGGUGGCUUUUCAGCUCAAGAUUAUGUUGCAAUCCAAGAGAGACCAACUUUUGUAUACCUAGAAGUAACUGAUGAUCUCUCCUUUCUUGUUUGUGGUGAUGGUAACAGCAAUAUUUAUAUGGUAAACCUUGAUGAAUACUUUAAAGAGUUCCCUUCUCAGUGGAUUUGUCCCACCUACUCCAAGAGUAAAGGCCCUUCUUUUUCAAGUGUGAAGUUUCAGUAUGAACUAGAAGAUGAAGAUUCUGUGGCCCGUAAUGCAGAAACGUCUGAUAUUGCCUAUGGGGACAGGGUGUGGAAAACAGAAAUAUUGGCAUUCAGGAAGGGUGUAAAGCAAGCUUGUUGUGAAAAUGGAACAGAUGUAAACCAUUUUUGUAUACCAACAGUAAAGAAAAGGUGGUUUUCUGAUCUAGUUGGCCCUGAUGUUGGACAUCUGUUGGUUGCAUUCAAUAGUUGUGGUGAACAAACCAUAAAAAGUUGUAGCAAGAUGAGUGGAUUUAAUGGAACAAAGAGGGAAGCUGAAGGGACUCCACCUGAAGUAUUACCAUCUCCUGAGAUUUUACACAAAACUAUUUUUGUUAGAUGUGAAGACUGGAUGAAAGUGUACAAGUUGAAGGGAAUAUGGGUGACACCAGCUUCAUUCUUACUUUGUUUCAAGCCGCAAAGACUAACUGAAAACCCAGGGCAUCCAAGUGAUGUUUCCCAUGGUGUUCUGUGUUUGUUUUCUUUGAAAACUCAGAAAUAUCUCUACCACUGGUUUUUGGAACCUUCAGUGAUAGUACAAAGUUGUGAACCAGGGUUCCCACAUCUGGUGCUCACUGGCACAUCUCUGGCAGUACCAGCUUUUGACAUUAGUCAAGAUCAGCUUGUCCAUAAAGUAAUAAUGUAUGAGAAUGCAGUUCUAGCAGACUCUCUAUGCUUUGUGAAUCAGUGGGAUCAUUGUACCAUUCCAAUUCAUGCUUUAGAAGUGGCCUUAAAACUAAGGCAACUUGACACAGUUGCCUUCUUUUUGAAGAACCAAGACAAAGCUUUCACAAACAGAUGUGCUGCUCUCUACUCCUCAUCAGACUCUGUAUUGUCUUCUUUAAGUUCAGCAUCAUCAUUAGACGGUGAAGGUGUACUGGGUACCACUGAUGUGGUGGCAGUGACAGAGGCCCUUGUUAGUGCUGUAAACUACAAUAGUCAGCAACAACACCACCAGCAUUUCACAAGGCAACUUGCACAGAUGACCCUGAGUUACCUCCACAACUUAAUGGAAGAUGGAGCAAAGUUGUUAGACGGUGAAGACCUUAAAAGAUCUGCUAUUGGACACAAAACUGGUCAAGUUGCAUGGAGCUUAUUACACCAAGAGAUAAAAGAUUGCCUCGAUUUUCUGACUCUUAGUAUCGUGAAGCUUCGAGGUCAUCUCAGCAACAUUCCUCUCAAUGAUGAUGCUCAAAGUUCUGACAGUGUGGACUUUAAUCCAAUGCCAUUUGCAAGAUUGGAUGCAGAUGAGGUGGAUGGAUCCAUGACAAGGUGGAGCAGAAUGAAGGAUGAGGAUAUCGUUGAAGAUGCCAUUGCCAACCAAUAUAUUUGUUCAGCUCAAGCAUUUUUCCAGAGCAGGAGACUUGAAAAGAUGCCCUUAGAACACAAAACUGUUCAGUGUGAUGGAUCCCUUUCAAGCUUCACACAAGUUGGUCUUCAAGUGGUUUUUAAGAGACUAAUUGAUCACGACAUGGAAACUGUGACUACCCUGUUAACAAACAUGGGUCGGGAUGUUUGGCAACAGCUUCACAAAGUUUGUCUGUACACGCUUCACAGACCUCUCAGAGAUUUUCUGUUGAAUGAGCUAGAAUCAAGAGAUUUCUUGCCAGCUGAGGAAAGGAAUGUGGUGGAGUUUUCAAAAACCUUGGAAACUUUAUACAAUCAACCAUCAUUCACAGAAGCUAAGAAAAAUGUGAAGAUUAAUUACUUGAAAGACAGCUGGAGAGACCUUGGAUUGUUAAAAAGUUCUUUCAAUCUGGGUUCAGCUCAAAUCCUUGACACCUACAUUCAGAGUGGGAAUUUAACACCUGUGGACCUCAACAAGCAGGAUCAUUCAAAAGGCAGUAGUUAUGUUGAGGUACCUCUUGCAUGGGUUUGUUCUUGGGAUGAGCCAUCACGACAGAGAAUUGUAGCAGAUAGGAUUUUCUCACAUAAAGCUGGAGAUUAUAGUUGUCCACAUCCAGAUAUUGGGUUCAGUUCUGAAGCACUUUGGGAGUACCUCUCCUCUCAUAUGGACUGGCAGACUUUGUUAGGAUGGAUUAGAUCAAUUGCCCAUGAUAACAAUCCACCUCAUGACGAUCUCACACAAUAUGUGGGUGCGAUGAGUGUCGUUCAUGACUGGAACAUUAUAUUCCCUUCACUUCCGUGUUGCAUCUUCAGUGGAGGAAAUUUCUGUCACAAGGUUGUCAAAGCAAUGAUUAUGGAAGAGCUUUCAAGGAAUGGAUUGUUCACAACAUCUCAGCUGUCAAAUUUUCCCCUUCUUCUUCGAUGUUUGAGUACUUCCCAGGCAUUGUUUGGGCACAGUCUUCCAUUUUCCUCUGUGGAUGGUGGAUUCAGCAAGGAAUCCUUGCCUGUAGAAGGAUGUCUUCUAACUGUUUCCCAGUUUCAUCGAUGUUUUGUUGACUACUGCAUAAGACUGAGGCUUAUUAACCUUUUGUACCACUACAUAGACUUUUAUGGACUCUGUGAAUCUAAGGAGAAUGUUAGAGAACUCAACUUGGAAUCAAGUAGACCACACUGGGUUGACAUGCUUAUAAAAUGCCGUCUCUUGGGGCUCAAUUCUCAAGAUCCCUGUUCUGUUUUGCAAGCCAGUCUUGCCAUUGCUGGGUUUAUUUUAAGAGUAGAAUCGCCUUCCAUCAUGACCACUCUGAAAGCUGGACAUCCAGAAUUGGCUAUAAGCAGUCUUUUGUAUGGGCCAAACACACUGAGUCAGGCCAUCGUGUCAUCAGAAUCACAGUCAAACAUUUCAGUGUGGCAAGUAGAAGACAAAGUUCUUCAUGAUUCCCUUUUGAGUUUUCCCAAAGUACAUUCAGCUGUAUUCCCUGUUUCAUCUGGUAGCCUUGGCAUUGAAUGUCAGGAUGUGUCAGUUUACAGACUUUUACAGGGGAAUUCACCAUUUGAAAUAUCGCGACUUUUUGGUUGGCAGCCAACGAAUGACCUUGCCCCAAAGGGAGAUACCUCGUAUGAUAUGCAGCAUUUCUCUUGUGACUCUUUAGUUUUUCAACAUGCCCAUAGAGAACGUCUGACGUUCUCAUAUUACCUUCGUCAUGGUAGACCCUCUUUUGCGUUCGUAGCUUUUAUUGGAGAGAAACUUAAAGAUGUUAACGUGUCUAAAGCUAGCAUCCAGAAAGCAGCACUGAAAGCUUACAGAGUUGCUAUACAAAAUCUAACGAAUCCUUCGAUAUGCGCUGCAUGUGUGGUCUUCACUGAGAUGCUAGGAAUGGAUAGCAUGACCCUGAGGGUGGAUAUACAGGCUGCUAGUAGACUAUUAGCUCAUGGAGGAUCUCAUGAAGAUCUCUUUGGAGAUAAUGCCAUGAGAGAGAAUUCGAUGGCAGAUGCAAUUGCAUCAGAACUUUUGUCAUGUUCUGGAAAAGGCAGUGAAAAGCCUUUACGACUUUUAGUUGCUUUGAAAACGGCUACAAGAAAUAUCAUCAGUAAGGAUUGUUUGGACAAGACAUCAUUUGAAGCAGGCCAGCUGUGGAGUCUUGUGGUCCUAUUCUGUCGAGUUCACAAGAUGGAAUUUCCAGUGGCAUACUUACAGGAUUGUGCAGUUGCAGAAAAGUGGCUGCCAUUUAUUUGCCAUGCACAAGCUUGUCAAGUUCCAAAAGAGCAGGUGAUCUAUGUCAUUGAGCACAACUUCUCUAACUCUUACAUCCAAGAACAUUUGCUUUUGGCCUUUGAAAAUGUCAAGUUGAUUAAUGUAGAGAAUGUCUCUAGCAGUGAACUUGGCAAGAGGCGACCCCGGAAAAGAAAGUUGGUCAGGACAGGAGAACAGGUCAUGGCACCAUCUCGAGAUGUGCGUGCUCAGUUCUACUCUCGCAUGGGUCUCAGAGCAACAACAGCUGCACAACCUGAAACUGUCAAGGAGGAACAAGUGGUGCAUCCAUCAUGCAGCAGUAGUGCGGAAGAUGAGGAAAGCAGUAGAAUAUCGAGAAAAGGCGAUGAAAAGAAAUUGGAGAACAAGAAAAUAGAACAUCACGCGGAUGAUACAUUUGAUGCUGGGUUUUCAGAAAAGCUCCUCGAUGCCGAUGAAGUACGACAUAAUCUUUUUGACAUCCUGUUCAAAUGCCAAUCAGCAGAAGUUCCAUGGAGGAGCUUACUAGCCUAUUCAAUAACGCUUCAAAGGUCUCUGCUAUCCGUGCUUGCAACAUGCUUUCAGGAUUCCAGGCCACUUGAUUGCCUUUGCGCCUGGCUCUGCUCAACUGUGUGCCCAUCUGUCUUGAAACCUGCUGUAGCGUCUAUCCCAGGCAGUCGUCGGCGAGGCUCCUCGGAUGUACAAAAACUUCAGUGGCAUGACUGGACCCUGGGAGACCUUACAGCUCUCAUUUUAGCAAUUGUUGAAACGAGAGAGACACUUGCUCACACCCUGGCCAAGGCAUUUUACAUCUUUGAUCCGGCCAGUCCUCUUCUAAACUUUUUUCGUUUUCACGAGACCUUUUUGGUGCUCCGUGACUAUGAAACUUGUCAAGGAUAUUUGACUUCUUUCAAGAACACUUACCGCAAGUUAUCAUUGAAAGCCAUUGCCGACAAACACGAGGCUGCACUCAAGAUUGGAAGUUUGAAAUGGCUGGAAGAACUGACUUGUCAAGUCACGAAGCAUAUGCUCUCACGCUGUGACAAUGCCCACCAACAGGGCCAUUUACUUGCAAUUCUAGCAGCAAGCAAGUUUGGACGAAACUUUGAGUGUAAAGUACCCGCUUAUUGUGAGCUCCACGAAGUGAGUAAACUUCUUCACGGCACAAAUACGAACAUACGACUUGAGGUAAUGGUGGAGCAGGGAGAUGAAGCUGACAGCCAAGCUGAGAAGGAAAGAGUGCUUGGCUCCCUGCUCAACACUAAACAGUUUGCAAAGGCCAGAAGGUAUGCUGAAUUGAUGGGCUUGUCGAAUGAUCACAUUACAAUCAAACAGGUUGAUGCUGACUUAGAAAUUGCCAAGAAUUCCAUGUUGUGGGAAAUAGAGCAGGGAAGACUGGCUUUCUGGCACAGAGCAGAAAAGUGCUUCAAAGGCAAUGGUUGUAAGGCAGACACUGCAGGCUCAUUCUUUGAGAACCAAGCUAGCGAUACUGAAUUGUCAUUUAGUGAACGCGCUAUGCUUGUUGGGAUAGCUGUGAAGUGGUUUUCAAAUCCCUCCUCUAACCAGCAACCAAGACCAUUGGUGGAGCUGGAAGAUCUUCAAAAGAAACGCUGGCUGUAUAAGAUACGAGCAGAGAUUGAGAAAGAGGGCAGUUUAACCAGAUCUGUUAGCCAUCUAGAAUUUCUUUCGCACGAAAUGGAACUGGAAUUAUCAAGCGAAGUCAAAACAAACAGCAAAGUUUUGAUUCCUCUCAAAGCUGUUGAUUUGAAAGAACUAAUACAAGAGGAUACUGCCGAAGGACAACUUCACGGUGAAUGUCCACUGGAAACCGACAAGGAAAUCCGAGCGUUGGAAAAUAUCAUCGGUUGCCUGUUGGAACAUUGUCAUGUGAGCCAGGCGCAAUGGCUUGCAAGUUUAUUCAAUCACAGUUGUUUAGCAUUAGACGUGGUCAUGUCUUGCAUUCACUUGGCUCAAGGAACACGUUCCAUGGACACCUUAGAUGUCCAUGUAAAAAGCCUUCUCACCAGAAAUGCUCAGAGACGUGAAAGCCUUGGAAGAGCUAGCCCAUUCACACGGUCUGGUAGUUUUAUUUUCUCAUCGUCUUUCACGGAAAAGACUCCAAACGAGCGUCACGACUCCGUUUCUUCAUCUGAUUGGGUCAAAGUUGAAGAUAUCAUCACUACCAUGGAAAGCCUGGCUUUUCACAGUAAGCAGGGAAAGAGGUGUUGUUCCUGUGUCAUCACCUGCUACAAAGUUGCACAGACACUAGGGCAAGAUUACGAGGAAAUUGUGAAAAAGAAGCCCCUGAAGGUGCUCCAUUCGUUGUUACUUUCUGGAUUUGACAGCCGCUAUAAAAUGAUGGAGGGUUAUAUUAAAGCCGUUCAACUUGAUUCUGUAGAGGUAACUGAAUUUUUGGCCAGUAUCAUCUUGAACUCUCUCAUCGUUCACUGCACUGGUGAAGACAUUUCAGGGAAAGAAUACAGUGACUUAACCGUAAAUGCAGCACCGUCUUGUGAAGACAUAAGUCACAUGAUUCGCUUGUGUCCCGACUAUUCCGUGCUGGGCACUCGACUCUUAGAUGAGGUUACAACCUUAAUCAACGAACAUGCACCAGAAACCAUCCGUACUGGAGCACUGAGCUUGAAAGUGGAAUUACUGGUUCGCGCCCAUCAAUGUCACACUUUAGCCUGUAACAUGGAGGGUAUUGCAGCAGUUCUGCGACAUGGACGAGUACUAACAACUGCUUUGACUGAAUCCAGAGAUUACAUGCUCAUGGUUCGUUUGCUCACGGGUAUCGGAAGGUUCAAUGAGAUGUCUUACAUCAUUGACACACUCUUUGAGCACGAGCACUUUGAACUUCUAUGUCGGAAAGGAAUUGACAAGGAAAAUAAGCUGAAAGUUGCACUUCUUGAUUACUUAAGAAAACAACAUCCGGAGGAUACAGAUAAGUUUUCUCUGGUGGCGCAUCACUUUCGCAUGUACCGUGAAAUUGCUCAGACUUUGGAGGACACCGCCGUCAAACAACUGGCUAGUUUAGGAAAUUGUUUCCCAGGUAAGAAACACGGUCAGGGAAAUGCUGAGAAAGGAGCUGCAGAAGUUUUCGUCAAACUUAAUUCCAUUAUGAAAUCCUUCUGCUACGCUUCGGAUAACUAUGCUAAGGAGAACUGCUGGCGACAUUCACAGACCUGUCUUAAGAAUGCAAGAUUGGUUCACCUACAGAUCCAGUUUCUUUCCUCUGGAGUCACAGUAGUAAAUUUGAACGAUGUUGCUUUAAAGAAAUUCCUCGCCCAUCACACCCAUUUUUUUCAGUCUCUUCUAGUCGCUGAUGCGUAUAAAAAGCGUGACAUUUCCUUGUGGGUUGAUGCUAUUUAUAAUCAAGUAGUGAUGAAAGGCAACUUCAAUUACCUUCAAGACAUGAGCUCCGCCAUGCCUCUCGCCAACAGUCUUUUUGUUGAUGUCGUUACCAAGUACAAAAGUGAAAAUGCACGCACAUCUCAAGCAGCAGUUAAUAUGAAAAGGCUCUUGGGAUUUGUUACUGAUGUUAGAAUGCGCUACAAACUAGCCAUAGAUCUGAACUUCUGUGACCUGGGAACCAGCAUUCUUGAGGGAGACGGAGGGGCGUUUUUGAGAGAUGUCAUGGUUCCCUGAGUAAAGAGUUUCAAGGAGCACAGUAUAAAGGCUCAUGGAGCUUAAGCCCAUGUUAAGCUGAUCAUGUGCCACUUCUGUAGUAUCGUCCAGACAUCACUUAGUCUUUGAUCACUUUUUUUUAACUAUGUUUGCACUUUCAUUUAAUUCUUUUAAUCAUAGCGCAACUCCGUCUAGCUAAGUGCAUGGUUAGUCCUUUAGCAGUUAGUUUUAGUGUAAAAUUUUGUAAUAUAAAUCAACUUAGAAAUGAUCACGCAUCGACACUAAACAUCGUAAAUAACUCGGGUAUUGUUACCUUACACGGAGACACGAACUUUUUUCCAAGGGUUAGUCGAACCACAAUUAUGUUUGCAAGAUCCUCUUUGAUCCACUCCACAUUUCCUGUCCCAAACCUCACCUUUGGUACUGUUAUAGAAUCUACUCCCAUUAUUAAUUUUCUUAAUGAUAGCCCUCCCAUACCACGCAAUGAUUGAUCAUACAUGUACCAUUGUGGAAACCCGGAACAUGUUUUUAAUUAAUAAGUGUCAUUGUUCAACAACGGAAAGAUUCUCAGUCAACGCCACGAUUCACUAAACUACCUCACACUUUGAGGGCAAGCAAUGUAACAACAGGAAAUUUCAUUAUGCCUCGAAGAGCUGUUUCUUAAUUUCAUCAAAUUUUCACUAUUCUUUAUUUUUUUAAAAUUUUUUUGAUUCAGUAGCUUGAUAUUUUUUCCUCAUAGGUGAGUGCAUGCCGCAUUAGAACUAACACUUACAUUACUCUAAUAAAGGUGAACAGAGAAAACCGAGAUCGACAUAAUUAAUAUAUGAACAGUUACAGUUUAAGUAGUAACAAGGUCAGCUGGUAAAGAGCAUAUAUGAAUUCUGUUAAAAUCUAACCUAACUAAGGUAGUCACACAUACUCGAGCCAGCUAUAGAUUGUAUGCAGUUUACUUUCUUCUCUUUCUGUUCGCUUUCUUAGUCUGGUUCUCCUUAUGUGUUUCACUUACACCGUUGUAACCUUUCGUGGUGAAAUUUGUCUCGUUAUCCUCCAUAUUUACCUUGUUGCUACGAACUUCAUUUUCCAGUAAUGUCAACCUCUCUUCCAACAUGAGCAGGACACUUUCGAUCUGGUGGAUAAACAUAUGCAUGUGUUCAACCCGACAAAUGUUGCUAAAAUAGAAUGAUUGAUCUAUUUGAGUACAAAGCUUGUUGUUUCUUUGAU